UUGAUCGUGGUACCGUAAGCAACGAUCCUGUUCCUAGCGUAUCGUGAACGUGAACGGGCCAAGGAUCCUCGGUGUCAAUAGUGCGAAACAUUCUUGAAAGGAUAACAAGGACAACGACCUUACAAAGAUGAGCUGCAAUUGCCCAUUAACCCCGUCGACUGGUCCGACUUUAGCAUCAACAUGUGGUGGUUCAUCUUUUAUGCUCUUCAUGGGUCUUCUAGAAGUGUUUCUUCGUAGCCAAUGCGACCUCGAGGACCCGUGCAACAGACCUCUACCACCUGCCAGUGUUAACUCCAGGUACGACUUCGUGGUAAUAGGAGGAGGGAGUGCAGGAGCGACAGCAGCAGCAAGGUUAUCAGAAGAACCAAGGUUUUCAGUGUUACUAUUAGAAGCUGGCUUAGAUGAACCUACUGGAACUCAAAUACCCUCGUUUUUCUUUAAUUUCAUUGGAACUGACAUUGACUGGCAGUAUAAUACUGAAAGUGAAGAAGGAGCGUGUUUGAAUAAAGAUGAUAGAAAAUGCUACUGGCCCAGGGGAAAGGUGCUGGGUGGAACGAGCGUUAUGAAUGGAAUGAUGUACAUGAGAGGCUCACGAAAGGAUUACGACGACUGGGCUAGGCUUGGUAAUAUAGGAUGGUCUUAUCAAGAUGUCCUUCCAUAUUUCAUCAGAAGCGAAGACAAUCUUCAAGCAAACACUAUGGAUUAUGGUUAUCAUGGUGUUGGUGGACCGCUUACAGUCACUCAGUUCCCUUAUCAUCCACCUUUAAGUUACGCUAUCCUCGAAGCUGGAAAAGAACUCGGAUAUGGUACCGCGGACCUCAAUGGAAGGACUCACGCAGGAUUCGCCAUAGCCCAAACAACUUCGAGGAAUGGUUCAAGACUUUCAACAGCUCGAGCAUUUCUACGCCCUGCCAGGAACCGUCGAAAUUUACAUGUAAUGCUGAAUUCAACAGCCACCAGAAUCCUUUUCGAUAAUAAUAAAAGGGCAGUGGGUGUGGAAUUCGUUCAUGAUGGAAAGGUUCAUCGUGUUUCUGUGGCUAAGGAAGUGGUCGUGAGCGGAGGCGCCGUAAAUUCACCGCAGAUACUUCUGAAUAGCGGUAUAGGUCCGCGAGAAGAAUUGAAUGCCGUUGGUAUUCCGGUUAUACACGAUCUGCCUGGUGUCGGUAAAAAUCUUCACAAUCACGUCGCCUACACGUUGGCCUUCACAAUUAACGAUACUGACACGACUCCCCUCAAUUGGGCCACCGCUAUGGAGUACCUUCUCUUCCGAGAUGGUCUGAUGUCUGGCACAGGCAUUUCGGAGGUAACCGCUAUGAUAAACACGAAAUACGCGAACCCUAAAGAGGACCAUCCAGACGUACAAUUGAUCUUCGGUGGUUACCUGGCUGACUGCGCAGAAACGGGUAUGGUCGGUGAAAUGAAGGGUACAAAUCGAACAAUUUAUAUCAUUCCAACGUAUCUGCACCCGAAGAGUCGUGGUUAUAUUCGUCUACGAAAUAACGAUCCUCUUUCGAAGCCAAUGAUUUAUCCGAAGUAUCUGAGCCACCCUGAUGAUGUUGCUGGCCUCGUCGAAGCUAUUAAAUUUGGUAUCAAGUUGUCUGAAACCCAGGCUCUCAACAGAUACGGUUUCCAGCUGGAUCGAACACCGGUGAAAAAUUGCGAGCACUUGAAAUUUGGUUGUGACGCUUACUGGGAAUGUGCCGUGAAACACGAUACAGCACCAGAAAAUCACCAAGCCGGUUCCUGCAAGAUGGGUCCACCAGACGACCCAUUAGCUGUGGUAGAUAAUCAAUUAAGGGUCACGGGAGUUAGAGGUGUAAGAGUGGCAGAUACCAGUAUUAUGCCCAGAGUCGUUUCCGGUAACACUAACGCGCCUGCUAUUAUGAUUGGCGAGCGAGUUGCUGAUUUUAUUAAAAGGACCUGGAUCGGCUGAUAAAGAUCGGUUUACCAAUAAAAGUAUUUUCUGAGAUCAAAGAUCUCCAUCCGCUGAAAGAGAUUUACAUAAUUGACCACAAUGGAAUAUUUAAUUUAAACUAUUGAAUAUUUUGAAAUUUUAGACCAGCAUUUAUGAAAUAGAAGUGAUUUUUUGAUACUUUAAAUGAUAAUAAUUGGAAAUGUUAAAUGUAGAUUUUUUAAUGAUUUAAACAUUUUGGAUAUCAUCAUCUGUUUUAUGCUUCGAUGAGCAAUUGUGUGAUGAAUUUAAUUACAAAUUUCUUUCACUAUUUUAACAAAGAGAGCUAAGGUAGCGCUGUGCGCAUUCGAUCAUCGUAGAAAAUAUAAAAAUUGAAGUGAAUAAUUCCUAUAAAAUACAUAUCGAGGAUACAGGAUGUCUCACCUAACUUAACCAAUUCAAUUUUUUUUAUAAUUAGUAGACAAAUUCAAAUCUUUUUUAUCGUGAAUAGUAUCAAGAGCUAGGACUUUUAGAAACCCUAAACCAGACAUGGGCACUAAAUAGUAAAACGUGCACGGGCGCUCUUCGAUAUACGCGUACGUCGAACGAACUAGAGGAGAAAAAGGACGCUGGCUCGCUGCAUACUCACGGACGAUCGUGUGCAUGCCCGUCCGAGCAAAGUUCGCCCAUACCUGCCCUAAGCUCUGAACCAGGCAUGAACAAACUUUGCUCGGCGGGCGGGCACGCUAACGGUUACGACUAUGCAGUGAGCGGCGUCGCCUCCUUCUUCUACAGCUCGUUCGACUCAUGCGUGCACCGAAGAACGCUCAUACCCGUCUUGGUCGUUAGUGCCCAUGCCUGCUCGUUGCCGGCACGGGUUUGUAUGGGAUUCUUUCUCACUAGGAAGCAGCGUGCGUAUGCGUGAUACAACUAGGAACAUCAGAUGAUUUCAUAGCUGUAUACAUUACACGCAUGAAAGUUUUCCUAUUUAUAUGUUACUUAUGCAUGCGCACGCAGACUCCUAGUGAAAAAAAAUCUUUAUUGUCAGAUAAUCAAAAGUAUCUGAAAACUCGUGUUGUGCAUUAAAGGAGGUCUCAACAUUUUUUAACACAUUCGCUGCCGCCAUGCAAACAGACGACGGAUGCCGAACAUUGCCGAUCAACUCCGAUCAGAGUCUCUGAUGCACAGUCGUGGAAUUUUUUUUUAAUAAUAGGCUAUGUGCGUAUGCGUAAGUGACACUACGACUAGAGACAUCACCUGAUGAAUUUUCUUGGUGAAAACGAAGAAAGGAAUGAAAGAGUAUAUGUACAUUGCAUGCAUGAAAGUUUCGCUAUAUGUAAUAUUGCUUACGCAUGUGCACGCAGUCUCCUAGUGAAAAAAAAAUCCCACAACUAUGCAUCACUGGCGUCGAUCGGCAACAUCUAGCAUCCGUCGUCUGUUCGCACAACAGCAGUGAACAUACUAAAAGAUUUUGAGACCCCGUCAAAGUGCAGGUAUAACAAGAAGCGAUACUCCCGCUGGCACCUUUGAAGUCAUCGAUUCGUUAUCCCUUUAAAUGGGUUGUAUCAACGAGUGGGAAGUUUGAAUGAAUUGGAUGCACAUAAUACCUUCAUUUCAUAUCAGUCUUUAAUAAAUAAUUAGAAACCUUUUUGCAUUGUCAAUUUUUCUGUAUAUUAUUAAUCGAAGAAUUUACACUAAUUUUACAUAAUUGAAAAGUGGGCAAAUAAGAAACAUAAUAAAACGAUAGUAUUAGAAAAUAUAUUUAAACAUAAAUUACAUAAUUGUACAAUAAGAUGAGGAAAGGUUUUGGAUAAUAUAUUUGAAGAACAUUCCAAUAUUUAAAAAUUCAAUACGAUGUAAAGUUUCCUAUCUUUCUUUACACACGUUUUAAAAUCUUUAUUACUAUAUUUCAAUGUAUUGUAUAAUAAAUUCUUAAUCGAUUAAAUAACUUUAAUAAAUAUUACAAAGGGAAAUUCUUAAAAAUAAGUGAAACUGGUACCAAACAUGGACAUUUUAAUGGGUUGUAUUACUUUGUCUCUCUCUACAAGUAGUUCCUUUGUCAGAAUGUCGCCUCUUGUUAUACUUACUCUUUGACCCCGUUAUGCAAGGUGUUUACUCAGAUACGUUUUAUAAUUUGAGAACAAAAUAUUCCUAAUAAAAUUUCUAAUUUUAAACUUCAAACAAAAUUUUUUUUUCGAUCAAAAGUCAAGUCAAAUUCACGUAAAUAUCGGUUUCGUAUGGGUACCGAUGUCUCCUCGAUUUCCCUUCAUUUUUGCGACCGACACCAAUAUCGAGUGGGCUUAAAAGUUCAAUUUAACUAAUUGUAAUGAUUUUGAAUCUGUGUGUGUGUCUGGUCACCGUCAGGCGACCAAAAUAUUACUUUAGUCUAACCUAACCUAAUUCACUGAUUAGGUACAUUAAAUUAGGUUUGGUUAGGUUAUAUUAAAUUCCCGGCUGCCGGCAUAGCUACAGUACGUUGAAAUUAUCAAUAUAGAAGUUCACAAGGUAUAUAUAUGUAUAUUGAUCAUCGGACGCAUACGAACAGGCAGAAUUGAAUGUAUUAGUUUGGACAGUUUUUCGAAAAUAUCUCGAAAACUAAGGCCGAACGGCGGUUAUAUAUAUAGGAAAAAGUUGUUUAAAAUGUUGAUUUCUAUAACAUAUUUAAAAAUUAUCGAAGUCGAGGGGAAGGGGAGUAGCUUUUCUACAAGUUCAUUAGAAUGUUUAAACUCCUUUUUGAAACCCCUCCUACUUAUGAAUUUGGAUAACACGAUGUCGAAGGACCUUUUGGGUUAAGACGUUUUUUAUACAUAAUCCUAUAAUUUAUUUUGGAUUCGUCACAAUACCAACUAAGAGAUAGACAUAAAAUUGAUAGGGUUAUAGAUAAAAAUGCUGAAGUUUACGUUGAAAACUUACAUUAAAAUAAUUAAAUAUUAUAAUCUUGAAUGUUUUUCAACAUCAUAUUAUCUGUGACAACAAGUGUUCGAUUCAUCCAUUAGUUAAAAUCAAUUGAGUUGGUUAAAUUAGGCGAGACACCCUGUAUAAGGAUUCUUGAAAUUUUUUUGAACAAAUGGAAAAUUGUUUAAUUCAAAGUUGGAAAAUCAAUUAUUCUACGUUGUAAAGCUACCUCGGUUUUGAGCCCAUUUUAUUUAGACAAAUAAAUUAGGAACUAUUGUAUAUAAUUCAACAAAAAUAUCAAAUAUAAAUAUUGUAAUAGAUAUGAUUACUUUGUUGAGGAAGAACAUAGAGAUGUCUGAUACUUUCUCUGUAUUAUUGAAAAUUGAUUUUCUUAAAAUGAAAAAAAGAACUAAUAAAAUGUAGUUAAUAUUAAAAAACAAAAAGAUAU